AUGAGUGCCCGUUCCGAGGCCGAGUCGCUACUUGUCGCGGCGUCGGCGUCGCACGGCCUCGACCUCGGCCCUGACGAGCUUCGCGCUGCGCUUUCCGACGGUCACGGCGGCGUCGAGCUGGCACAUUGGGCCACGUCCAGCCUGGUCGCCGACAACCUUUUAACCGUCGAUGAGCUUUCCCUCUAUAACGCGCUCGACAAGAGCGGUCAGGUGGACCGCCUCGCCGAGCUGCAUGACCUGGCCCAGGUACAGCCGCUGCGCGAGGACGACGUCAGGGCCGCCGUCGAGGACCUCGGCCGAUCGACGCACGCCAUGAACAAGCAAGCUGAAACCUUGCGUCACCAGCGCGACGCCCUGUCGCGCCUGGUAGCGAAUCGUGCCGACACCCAGGCCAGGCGGCGCGAGCUCGAGGCGUCCCGGCAGCGCAAGUUCGAAUCCGAGCGCGUACGAAUCUCGUCCGAGAUGACGGAAAUCGCACACGGCCUCGAGUUUCGCAUCGAGGAGCUCAAGCAGGACAAUGGACCCGAGUCCAGAUCGCUGCGCAAGGCGCUCGACGUCAUCCUGCAGUCUGAUGAUGCGCUGUUGACGAGCCUGCAGAAGCUUGGCUGGGAACUCAGCGAGCCAGACCCCGAGGAAGCCAAAUCUACAGACAAGCUGCGAGAGACAUGUCUACGGUUGAUCAAAAUCACAGUCGAGACAAUCAGGACGCGGCUCGACACGACGUACCUGUCAGCCCUCGCAACCGCGCAGCAAUCGCGCGACAGCGGUGCAGACCCCGACGAGACUGAAGCGCUGCAGGCAGAGCUCGAGUCUCUCUACUCGGAAAUCCUACCCGUCGCGCAAAUGUCCGUCGAGCAGCAGCACCUGGAGCCUGCGCUGCAGUCCAUCUCCGCCCGCAGCGGGCAAAGCCUGCGCAAGACCGCGUCGUCCCUCACAUACAUGGACCAGUGCUUCGACUACCUCCUCAGCCGCAUCAACGCACUGCACGCCCACACAGAAGUAUAUAAUGCGCACCAGAGCGCCGUCAGCCGCGUCGUCGCCACCGCGAGAGAAGAAAUGGCGGCCGAGGUGCCCGGGCCCGAAGCCCAGACCGCAUUUUCCGCAGAAACGCCAUCACCCAUGAAGCCCCCAACGAGAACCAAGCGUCAAUCGCGCGACAUGUCCCAUCGACGCCGCUCAUCAAGCAUGCAAGAAGUGCCAGCGCUCGACAGCCUCAUGCAGACUCUCGCCUUACCCAUCGAUGCGUACGGCGACGGCAGCGCGCACUCACAAAUCACCGCUCUUUCAAAAAUCCUGCGCGAGCGUCGGAUGAAAGAUGACAGCGUGGCGCGCAGCGCCCAAGAGGAAUUCGAGACGAUAACCGCUGAGCGCAUGGAAGACGCGAAGCGCGCGGUGCAGCUCCUCAGAGACAGCGUCCUCGCAGAGACGUCCUUUGGGGAGGUUAACCUGGUAGAUCCUGGCAUCGAGGCGUCGAUUGACGUCUUGGCGCAGGAAGUGGACAAGGCCAAGCAGAAGCUGGACCGGUUCAAGGAUGAGAAGGUGGGAUGGGGGAGCUUGAAGCGGGACGAGUUUGUGGAGCGAUGGGCGAGCCAGCUGCUUCUAUGUCUUUUAAAGAUGGAAUAUUAG